GCUAUACCGGCGUAAACGAACCCACGCCUCAACUCCAACGACCAAAUCAUCACCGCAACCUCCUACCUUGGUAGACCUGCUCUUUGACGUACCUGGAGAGUUGCAUCCCUUCCGCUCUAUCACCCGUAUUACUCUCCGAUCGUCGCCAUCAUGUCUCGCCGCUACGAUUCCCGAACAACCAUCUUCUCACCAGAGGGUCGCCUGUACCAGGUCGAAUAUGCGCUAGAGGCCAUCUCACACGCCGGUACCGCCAUUGGUAUCCUGGCCAAGGAUGGUAUCGUCCUGGCCGCCGAGCGAAAGGUCACCUCGAAGCUGUUGGAGCAGGACACUUCGGCCGAGAAGCUCUACAUCCUGAACGACAACAUGAUCUGUGCUGUUGCUGGAAUGACCGCCGAUGCCAACAUCCUCAUCAACUACGCUCGACAAGCCGCCCAGCGAUACCUCCUCACUUACAACGAAGACAUCCCCUGUGAGCAGCUCGUUCGCCGACUCUGCGAUCUCAAGCAGGGUUACACUCAGCACGGUGGUCUGCGACCCUUCGGUGUGUCCUUCAUCUAUGCGGGGUGGGACCCUCGAAGACAGUUCCAGCUGUACCUGAGCAACCCCUCGGGCAACUACGGUGGCUGGAAGGCCACAAGCGCGGGUGCCAACAAUGCUAGCGCACAGAGCUUGUUGAAGCAGGAUUACAAGGAGGAUUGCACCCUGAAGGAGGCUUGCGGUAUGGCCGUCAAGGUCCUGAGCAAGACCAUGGACUCUACCAAGCUCAGCAGCGAGAAGAUCGAGUUUGCGACAGUAGGACAGACCGAGGACGGCAAGAUCUACCACCGACUGUGGAGCGCCGAUGAGAUCACGGCGCUGUUGAAGGAGCACGAUCUGGCAAAGAGCGAGGAAACCGAGGAAAAGUAGGGGCCAAGGCAAUAGAUUCUUGAUAGAUGGGUAGGAGGGGAGCGGGACCCUAAUCUGCCCCUGUACAAUAAUAUCAUGAAAUGACCAAAGGACGAGACGACAAAUCUGACCAAGUCAAGUCUAAAGAGCAUACGAAGCUCGCUCCGGCGGUGUGAAAGCAGGCUGACAAACAGAAUGAAGCCAAACG